AUGCCAGAGCUGUGUGAUGAGCGCCUCGAUGAACUCCUGAAAGAAGCGGCAAGUCGCCUAGCGACUAAACAAUUGUCGCGGCCGAAGGAUUGCAGCUUGAUCGCCAUCGCGGCCGCGCCUGUCGAUCCGACUCUGGAAUCAAAGGCGCAGCCCAAAGCGCAAGAGUCGAAAAGCAUUACGCUUCGCGAUCCUAGGCCAGCAGAGGACAAGACACACGACAACGCUGGCCCAGGCUGGUUUGGAAUUCCUAAGACGGAUCCCAACGACCCCGACCUGAAACGGGAUUUGCAGAUCCUCCAUAUGAGAGGAACUGCCAUUGAUCCCAAGCGGCACUACAAGAAGGAAUCACUAAAGGCCAGAAUGCCGCGGUAUGCCCAUGUGGGACGCAUCGUUGAAGGCCCUACCGAAUUCCACAGCGCUCGCUUGACACGCAAGGAGAGGAAGCAGACGCUUGUGGAUGAGCUGCUUAGCGCUGAAAAAGCCUCGGGCAAGUUCAGAUCCAAGUACGAAAAUAUCCAGGUGAAGAAGGCAAGCGGCAGAAAGGCGCACUACAAGAAAUUGAUUGAGCGCCGCCGGCGCAACCAUACUUCUAAUCUUGCUGAAAGGGGGCAAGACGAGCACCUUGCCAACAAAUCGAAAUCAAUCGAAACUGGCGCAACACGAAGGGGCUUGCAAGCUAAUCGUUUCGUUCUAUUCUUUCAGGCUAUCGCUCAGCGACAGCCAUGGCUUCGUAGCCUCGCCACAAGCACGCAACAGACCACAUCCGACAAACCUGAAGCGUCGGGAAAUGUUCUUGCCAAGAACGAGCAGGACGAACCGCGAUACCCUCGAAGCAUACAAGCCCUUUACCUUCAACCUCUCCGACGCGAGGCCGAAUAUGGCAUUCCAUCAUGCGACCUUCAGCUGCGCUCAUACAGUUUGAGGAACCUUGAGUUCUUCGCCGAUUUUGCCCUCCGUGCCGCCUACUACCUCAAGCUUCCGGCUUUUGGCCCCGUGCCUCUCCCCCGAAUCACCGAACGAUGGACAGUCCCGCGGAGUAGUUUUAUCUUCAAGAAGUCGCAAGAGAAUUUUGAGCGCGUCACGUUGCGUCGCCUCGUCCAGAUCCGUGACGGGAAUCCGGAGACCGUGCAACUUUGGCUAGCGUUUCUGCAGAAACACGCGUACUACGGCAUCGGCAUGAAGGCCAAUGUCUGGGACUUCGACAAGCUGGGCGUUGGCAAGACCAUGGACACCAUCGACCAAGCUGCUGGCGAGGUCAUCGAGUCCAAGUGGAGCCACCUGGGUCAAAAUCGGGACCUGGACACAGUCAAGAAGGUUGAAGAGUUCUUGGACAAGGCAGAGAUUUUCCAGUGGCAUAGGCUCACCACAUCAUCAGUGCCAGAGCAAGCGAUUCUCGCCAUGUGGCGGCACAUGAGACCGGUAGCCCGCCGAUUCACAAUCUCGGACGGACGACGUGCCGCAUCGACUGAGAAGCCCAAGGUUAUCUUCUCAGGUAUUCAACCCACGGGAACGCCCCAUUUGGGCAACUACGCUGGCGCCAUUCGGCAAUGGGUGCAGCUCCAGAGCGAGCCGGCCGACCUCUGCAAGCUUAUCUAUUCUGUCGUUGACCUACACGCUAUCACUGUACCUCAACAAGCGAAGCAGCUGAAGCAAUGGAAGAGGGAGACGCUGGCCGCCCUGUUAGCUGCAGGUAUCGACCCCGAACGCUCGAUACUGUUUUAUCAAUCUUCCGUCUCGGCUCACUCGGAACUCAUGUGGAUUCUCAGCUGUACAGCUUCUAUGGGCUACUUGUCCCGUAUGACGCAGUGGAAGAGCAAGUUGUCGCUCUCUUCUGACGCUACAAUCCUCGAUGAGGGUGCCAAGGCAUCAUUGAAGCUUGGCUUGUUCUCUUAUCCAGUUCUGCAGGCUGCAGAUAUCCUCGUUCAUCGUGCCACACAUGUCCCUGUAGGCGACGAUCAGAGGCAGCACCUCGAGUUUGCUCGUGAAUGCGUGACCAAUUUCAACCACAACUUUGGCCCGCACCUCGUGCCCCCGGAGACCAUCACAUCUACGGCUCGGCGGGUCAUGUCGCUUCAGCAACCUAAGCAGAAGAUGUCAAAAUCAGCUGCUGACCCCAGGUCACGCAUCCUCAUCACCGAUACGCCGGACGAGAUUCACAAAAAGAUCAUGUGCGCCCGGACCGACUCCUCAAAUCACAUUUCUUAUGAUCCGGACAAUCGGCCCGGAGUGUCAAAUUUGUUGGAAAUCCUGUCCAUUUUCGACGCCCAGGGAAGAAAACCGGCCCAGCUGGCCGAAUCCCUUUCUAAAGAGUCCCUUAAAGAUCUCAAGCAGGCCGUGUCUGCAGCUGUUGUCCAGGGGCUUGACGGAAUUCGUGAGCGCUACUUUGACUUUUUGUCAGCCGACGAGGGAAAAUAUCUCGACGCUGUCGAGGCACAGGGGGCCAAGAAGGCCCGUCUCAGCGCCGAGGAAACCAUGGCGGCCGUACGAGUAGCCACUGGGCUGUGA